UCUUCUAUGGGUUGAAACCCGGGUUUAGUAGAACUGCUUGAAAUUGCCGAAGCCAAAGGGAGGGAGGCAGUGCGCACCAAGCACCCCAGCGUAGGUUAGCCAUUAAGGGCACUGGGAUUAUUAGAUUACGUUAUAUCAGCCGCACCAACGAAAAUCCCAGAAAUUUCCCAAUCUUUCUUCCCAGUCAGACAUAACUUUCCAGAUUAGGGUUUCUAUUUCUCUCUCUCUCUCUCUUUAUUGAAUACACUGUGUUAGAUUUAUUUCAAGGUGAGAUCUUGUAUCCAUCUUUGAUAUUGUCACCCACCAAAAGGAAAAGUUUCCAUUUACUGCCUGAAUAAGCCGAUACGACACCGCACCUCUCUCCUGACCGCAUCAUCAAACCCUAGAACGCCAACGGCACCGGGAACAUGGACGAAGGCGAGGGCUGCGAUCAGAUGGAGCAGUUCCACCGAAACGAGGCAAUUUCAGCCGUUGCCGACGAGGGAUUUUUGGGCGAAGAGGAUGACGAUUAUGAGGAUCUUUACAACGACGUCAAUGUUGGUGAGGGUUUCUUGCAAUCUCUUAGGAAAAAUGAGGACUUAGGAUUUCAAAAUCAGGAUAGUAACAACAAUAAUAACAACACUAACGAUGAUAAAAAGAUCGACCCACCUGUUGUAGCGCCGAAUACUGGUGGUGCCGUGACUGGAGAUAGUAAUGUUUCUAGGAUCUCUGGUUAUGAAAGUCAGGGCUUUAGAGGGAGUGAUAUGGUCCAGAAAGGACCCAGCGCUGGAUCCGGGGGGCUUAGGGUUGAAUUGGGGCAGAAUUCUAGUAAAGUGAAUGAGAUUGAAGAGCAGAGUGCUAACAAUAAUAGCGUUAUUAGCAGCAGCAACAACAACAACAAUGAAAGUGUUCAAGGGAAUAUCAGCCAGCAGACUCAUAGUGUUGGGGGUGUGAAUGUGGGUAAUAUACCCAAUGAGAGUAUGGUUAGAAAUGUGAAUGGAGCAAAUAUGAUUGGUAAUGGUAGUAGCGGUUCUGGAGUUGUUGUUCCUGGUGGAGGAGCUACAGGUGGAGGUGGAGGUGGGACUAUAUUGUUUGUUGGGGAUUUACAUUGGUGGACAACAGAUGCAGAGCUAGAGGCUGAGUUAUGCAAGUAUGGUGUGGUAAAGGAAGUGAAGUUUUUUGACGAGAAAGCAAGUGGAAAGUCAAAAGGGUAUUGUCAAGUUGAAUUUUAUGACCCUGCUGCAGCUGCAGCUUGUAAGGAAGGGAUGAAUGGACAUAUAUUUAAUGGAAGGCCAUGUGUUGUGGCUUUUGCAUCGCCUUAUAGCGUGAAGAGGAUGGGAGAGGCUCAGGUUAAUAGGAAUCAGCAGAUGGCUCAAGCUUCACUUUCUCAAGCAAGAAGGGGGAACAAUGAUGGCGGUAAGAGUGGGGGAGCAGGUGGUACUGGUGGGGCAAGUGGUGGCGCUAUUGCAACUGGUGGGAACUAUCAAGGUGGGGAUGGGAAUAGAGGGUACGGGAGAGGAAAUUGGGGGAGAGGGAAUGCACAAGGGAUGGGUGGUAGAGGCCCAAUUGGUCCAAUGAGGAAUAGGGCUGGAGGCGGUAUGGGUGGGAGAGGUAUAAUGGGGAAUGCUGGAAAUGGAUUUGGCCAGGGUAUUGGUGCUACACCCCCAUUAUUGCAUCCCAAUUCAAUGAUGGGGCAAGGUUUUGAUCCAGCGUUUGGUGCACCUAUGGGACGAAUGGGGACUUAUGGGGGCUUUCCUGGUGCUCCCACGCCUCCAUUUUCAGGGAUCCUAUCUUCCUUCCCGCCUGUUGGAGGUGUGGGGUUGCCUGGAGUGGCUCCACAUGUAAAUCCUGCAUUUUUUGGAAGAGGAAUGCCGAUGAAUGGCAUGGGAAUGAUGCCUACAAGUGGUGCUGAUGGACCCAAUAUGGGAAUGUGGUCAGAUCCUAGUAUGGGUGGAUGGGGUGGGGAGGAUCAUGGUGGUGGAAGAGCUGGCGAGUCUAGUUAUGGUGAGGAAGCUGCAUCUGAUCAUCAGUAUGGUGAGGUUAGUCAUGAUAGAGGAGGUUGGCAGAACACCAUUAAGGAGAAAGAUAGAGCUUCAGAAAGAGACUGGUCUGGAUCCUCUGAUAGAAGGUAUCGAGAUGAUAGGGAAGCAGGGUAUGAUAGAGAGAUGCCUAGAGAAAAAGAUAUGGGUGGUCAUGAUAAUGAGUGGUCAGAGAAAAGGCAUCGCGAUGAAAGGGAUGUUGGUAGAGAAAGGGAAAGGGAGCGUGAAAGGGAUAGGGAACGUUCUCGAGAUCGUGAACGUGAAAAGGAACGUGAUCGGGAUAGGGAUCGUGAUCGUUAUAGGGAAGACCGGGAUCGGUAUGUUGAUCAUCAUAGGUACAGGGACCGUGAAGUGGAGCAUGAUGAUGAUUGGGACAAGGGUAGGUCAUCACGGACCCACAGCAAAUCUAGAAUAUCACAGGAGGAGGAGCAUCGUUCAAGAUCAAGGGAUGCUGAUUAUGGGAAGAGACGAAGGCUUACAUCGGAGUAACAUAGUAAAUGACCUAUUGUUAGUGACAUUCAGAAUCUACUGGUAUUGGGUUCAUCAAUUUUAUCCUGAAUCUCAUUGAAGAGGGUUUUUUUGGGUUCUUCAUUUCCUAAACUGCAGUUCUCAGUUCAUGGCCUGAAGUUUCUCUGAUUGCUUAUAACCAUGGCAACAUGGUUACAUUAUCUUGCAAAAGGAGUAAGUUGCUGAUCUGAUGUAUUUUGAUCUCAAAUUUGUGGUUUCAGGCAUGUAGUUCUGGGAUAUUCUCUUAUGGCCUAUCCAUCUUACUCAUAAUUCAUGCAUUUUGAUUGCUUGAAGGUAUAUGAUCUGAGAAUCAAGGCUGUUCGACAGAGUUGUAGGUUUUAUCGGAGAUGACAAAAGAACUCAAACCUUCUAUGUGGGAGAUGUGCAUGGAACCUGCUCUUUUGCCUGCAUUGAUGUAGAAGCGGAACUUUUGGUUUUAAGUUGUUAGCUUUCCUUUGUCAUUUAUGUUUGAAUCAAUUAACUCUUGAUCAUCAAACCAAUGUUGUGGAUUAUGUUAUGGCUUGAAAUUGCUGAAGUCUGGAUGUGGCAGAUUAUUAUAGAUGUUACUGUUUGGAUGUGAUGUAAUAGGAUCUAGAUCAGGGGAUGUUACUAAUAUGUGGUUUCUGAUUAGCUAGUUGUAUCUUUUCUAGCUUCUUUCACUUUGUUUUUGAGUAUACUUCAGAUUGGCCUUGCAGUUGUUGUGAAGAGGAUGUAGAAUUUCUUUUCUUUUUUUUUUCUUUUUUAAUCAUUUCAGUGAAUGGCGAUUAUUUUAGCCCU